AUCCAUCAAAGCGCUUCGCACUUCGCAGUUCAGUGAGCAGUGAGCUGGUUUUCCGUCGACAGGUUUUUUUCUUCGCGUAGAUCAGUCCGGAUCGAGUGGUUCCAUAUUUUGUUCGGCAGACAUUCUGUAAGACAGUAGCUAUCCAGGGCGAGAAAUAUCCUAGCAAAUCGAUAUUGCGACCCACUGGAAUAUUGCUAGUUUGCGAAAGAUAAUACGGAGUAGGAGAAGCCGACAAUUUUACUAGUGAAAAAAUAGUGCUUUGUGGAAUCGUCCAAUAAGCUUAACUCGGAACGAACAAAGUAGACGAAGUGAAAAGUAACAUUGCGAAGUUAGUUGUCCUUCCGUCGAUAAUUUGGAUGGGCUUUUGGUCAAAUCUGUAGAUUACAUUCUCGUAUAUUAUAUUACUUUUGCAAGUGUCGGAAGAAAUAAUAAAAACGUCAGAGGAGCCUUAGUGCGAAAAUGUCCAUCAGCUGCAAGUGCUUAAAUAUCGUAGUGAAGUUGGUUGAAUCGGACACCGAAUCUCUACGCCGGUUUGACCUGGAAACGUAUUUGUCUCAGAAGCGGCAACAGCAGCAGCACUAUCCGCAAGAAUCGGCCACAAAGGCGACGACACCCAGCGACGACCAUUUUCUAUUUUUUAAAGAGGCACUCGGUCCGGUUCGUUGCGCAACCGUAAUUCAAUUCGACGGUCUGCUGCGCAAGGUACGUGUCUUCGAAGAAUGGGAUCUCUGCCAGUGCCGGAAUUGCGAGUGUACCGUAUACGCUCAAAAAACUAACGAAUCCACCUCCGCUUCUAAUGUCAGCUGUCUGGUUAAUGCGACUUUAAUGACAACGCAGGAGCAGCUGAGUGCCCGUGAAGCCGACGAAAAUUACUCCCCUGCAUUUGGCAUCCUACUGAACGGAUCCAGCCUUAGCUACAGCGACCUGGUUGACAAGAGCAAACUGCUCAGCAAAGCGAAAAGUGAUAAUCAGUUUGUGCAACUGCUCCGUGCCUACAUGGAACGGGAAACGGAAGCAGCAAACGAGCGGAUCCAUCGCUUCACCGAACAGCAGUUCGCUGUGCUCAAGGUGAAGCGAGAACGCGCCGAACAGGACUGCCUGAUCCUGGCUAAGCUAGCAAACAAUGUACCUGAGCUACUGCACAACAUCAGCAGUAGCAGCAAUACUAGCGAAGCGACCAUUCAACCAAUAACAACGGCUGGUUCAACCGAAAGAGUAACCAUUCUUCGUGGCAGUGUAAGCCCGAUGGUGGCUACUGGUACGAGCGACUCAAAUGCCGGCAGUCAGCUAGAAACACCUCCUCCAACACCCGAAUAUAUGCCAAUGUCCACCGGUAACAGUCCACCGAUGAUUACCGCUGCCAGUGCCAACACUCGACAGCAAGUCAAUGUUGCUGCCGCUGCGUCAUCAACUUCAUCCUCAGCGUCAACCGCUGAUCAAUCAUCCUCCCCUUCGCCUGGCGCGAGACUGAAUGCAUCAGCCAGGGUGCAAAAUAGAGCAAACUUUAGCAGCUUCAACAGCAACAACAAUAAUAACGUUAGCUUUAGCAAUACUCAUGGUGCCAUCAGUAGACAACCGCUAACUGUGAUGAUGAUGCAACAGACGCCAACAAUCACGACCAUAGACGCAUCAACAGCAGCACAGCAGCAACAUUCCAGUACAAAUUCGUCAAUCAUGCAGCAACAGCAACGGUUGCUUGAUUCCAACUCGUUCGAAUCGGACUGCAUGUUUGAUAUCGACGGCAUGGAAAAUGAUAAAUCGCCGCUGUCGAACACCCUUUCGGACGAGGAAGAACUUGGCUUCGAUGACUCGAUUGGAAAUAAUAACGACGAUGGUAUCUACAUACCAUCACGUCAGCUUGGCCGCCAAAACAGUUCGAUUGCGAAAAGUCUUCCGAUCUCCAUGCCUCAGGUGAUGACGCAGUUCCGAACGAACGAAGAAGAUUUCGAAGAGAUGACCGAGGACAAUGUGGACAUCGCUGCCAGCAUCAAAGCACUGGCCAGGAGCGUCCACGGUGAUACGGUUUUUGGUGAUUUGCCGCGACCCCAGAUCCAGCGGUUCAGCACACAGAUCUAAAUCCCGCUCAGGGACGCAAUCUUAUAAAGUCAAAUCAACAACGCCCGAGGGGUGCCUCACAGUUGUUGCGAAUAUGUUUUUUUAUUGUUUAAUUUUUUUUUCUUCCCUCGACUUUAGAAAUGCUGCGCGAUGUUUUUUUUAGUUUGGUAGAUAUUUUUAAUCGUUUAGAUAAGAUCAUUUUUUUUCUCUACAUCAACGACCGUGUUAACUGUUGAAGUUGAAGAUAGAUUCUUUCUCUCUCGAGUAAGCAAAUUGAAAAUUACUGGCUUCAAAAAGCAAGAGGCCCGCGAGGCGGCACUGAGCAAACGAACUUCCUAUGGGAGAUGAUUAGGUUUUUUGUUGUAGUUUUUCGCUUGAGUACAAUUCGAAAAGAAUUAUUUGGUAGCGAAAUGCUGAAAUUGAUAUGCGAAAACACGGUUUAUUUUACGUUCUGUCGAGUAUCUUUUCUGAUAAGUUUAAGAAUUUUAUAUGAUUACUAUUUUCCACUGCUUAUUCCAUACUUAACAACUUCAGGCAAUGAAAUGCGCAGGUUAUUCCGUCCGAAGUUGAUCUUCGGCGAUCGAAUUUAGAAGAAAAGCUAGAAGUGGGCAGAAGAAGUAAGAGAGCGAACAUUGAAUCUUUUAGGCGGCAUAGUGAAAUCAAUUUCAGAGCAACGGUAAGAAUUAUUCAUUAAGCUGAAGUAUAAGCGCAUAACCUGUAGAUUUAUAUGUCUAUUAACGGCUAAAAUGACGAUAAGAGAAAAUAUAACAAAAAUGAUGUCAUUUUAGGGUUGCCUUUAUAUAUUCAACUACUUAUGUUGUUGCAACUCAGAAAUUUCAAGUAAAAAAGAAAAAAGAUGGGCUACUUACAAAAGCUUGCAGAGUUGUGAUCAAAAUCAAAUAAUUUGCAGAAUAGAAGAUAAACAUUUUGUUUUUGUUGCUCGAGCAAACGUUGAACAAAAGAGAUGCUUAUAGCUUCAAUAUUUUUGCUUGUUAGUUAAUCGAUAAAUUUCAAUGCUCAUCGUCUCCAAAAUUUAUGGAAUGAUGAGCUGCAUCGUAUGUGUUAACAAGUAGUCAAUCAGCUUGCAACAUAUUUCAAUCAGACAUACUUUAUCGGAUAUAUAAACUUCGUUCAUCCAUUAACUCCUCCAACUUCUCACUUCUGUUAGUAAACAAAAAAUAUACUACAGAAGAAAACUAAAUUUAAAAACUACCUCCUAACCAUACACAAAUGACCACAAUUUUCUAGGCUUACUAUCUUGUUCAUUCAAGGGUCUCUUAGACGGCAUGUUUGGAGUAGGUGCAUGGAAGUAAUAAUUAAGUUUGAGAUUUUUUAACUCCCAGACUUUUGUAACGUAAGUAGGUAUGUCACAAAAACAAAUUCGUUGAGCAAUCCAAAUCCUGUUGAUGUGACGCGUUUAGUUUUGUAUCCCUUUGACAAAUGUCAGUGUGAUCGUUCUAAUCCAAGUGACCAACAAAACAUUGCUGCUGAUAGAUUGUCAUGAUUAUUAUUAUUAUUACUAUUAUCAAUACUGCAUAUGUUACAGGAGAUGUAUCAGAAUAACGAGAUAAAACUGGAAAACCGUGCUACGAUGCGUGGAACUUUACCGUUUUUGGAAGAAUAACACAAUAAACAAUCACCCUGACAAUGGGAAAAUGAA